AUGGAUCAAGAAAAAUGGGGAGCAAGAAACGAUGUUGAGAUGGAUGACUCUGAUGAAGAACUCAGCCGUAUAUCAAUUGAAGCAUCCAAGGCGCCCAUCUCUACCCAGUUACUAGGCGCCCAACCUACAAUUGGAUCCAAAGUCAGCGAGUGGUUCAUCGACCGUUUGAAAUACAUUCCUCUUCAACUACUUCAGAUAAACUACCAAGCAAAAUCACACCAAAACAUGUCCAAACGAGCUGGACCUUGUCACAAUGGUGAUGAACCUACCUCGAAGCGCCUCCAGAUUGAUGAAGGGAACCACACACUGCCAUUGGCACUUUACAAUCCCUAUGCAUGGGAAAUCCUUCGCAAGUUCCUUACCAGUGACAUGUCGAUGGCUGAAAUGGACACCGCUCUCGAAUCACACCUUGGCAGUCGAUUCUCUGCGGAAAUUGGGUGGAACCCUGACAUCAAGUAUGUACCCGAAUCCGAAUCUCCACAAGCCUCACCCAUUCGACAGUCGCGUAAACCACGCAAAAAAAAUCUGUAUAUCAUUGAUGAGGCCGAGGAGGAUGACAAGGAUGAAGAAGAGGAGUAUGGGGAUGGGGAUGGGGAUAGACAGCCUGUAUGGUCGCCGAAGGUUACGCGUUUGUUGGGAGCAUCAGCAAAAGAUAGGUUGGCUGCAACCUUCAAUGACAUGGUCACUCAAUUCGAACGGAAUCCGACCAGCUUGUCACACGGUUGCCAGAAUCUUGCUGAAAGCAGAAUGUAUCUGCUUCAUGUUCAAAGAAGCGCUACCGAAUAUGUCACUGUGCAUCUUCGGAAACAAAAAUUUCCCGUUAUUGUGUCGGCUUGGAUAGCAGGCCAGCUUUACGUGGUUUCGGACAGCCCGAAAACUAUCGCCGAGUCGCUGCCUUCCUCUCUUCAUCUGGCUGUGAAGGAAUAUAUCUGCGUCACGGAUGCAGAACGCGAAGCGGUUCAGUGUUCACGAUCCAAGCUUCACGACCCUGCGUGGGUCAGGAUCACAAAUGGCAAGUACAAGGACAAUGUUGGCAGAGUCUUCAAAUCGGAAGAUGGUUUUGUCCAAGUCUUGAUUGCUACAUGUGACUUCCCCUAUAAUAUGCCUAGGGGGUCUCGAGGGCUGCUAGAGCGAUCUCGCCUUUGGAAUAGCAAGGCGGUGUCAGACAUCGUUCAGGAUGGUGAAGUCGUAGGAUGCACAUGUGAUGGAGAAAGGUAUUACCAGGGACUCUUACUAAAAACUUUUCGCCGCGAUCUUUUAGAACUUGUCGCCUCCCCCCAUGUCAACGACAUUCAACACCAUCUGGAAGCUGGGUGGGACAUGACCUUCCUCAAGACCACUGUGCUGGCAUUCUUGAUACAAUUUUUAUGCGUGGGCGAUUGGGCCAGAGUCGUCAAAGGCCACCUUCGUGGAGAGGUCGGUCAGGUCGCCUCGACUGACCAUAUGUACGGUUCCGUGGGCUUGGAGUUCACCUUCGAUACAUCUCUUGAAGAAAUAGAAGUCCAACUUGAGGACAUAGAGCGAGUCUUUCGUGUUGGCGACACAGUUAAAGUUGUAGCUGGUCCAUACUUAGGUUUGGAAGGGCACGUCAUCCAAAUGAACGAGGACGUGUUUCACAUUUGCCAAGACAUCUCUAAGGAAGUGGUGGAAGUUUUGAAGUAUUACUUGGAUAGGCAUCCUUUGAAGCACACGCUUAAUUUGCAACUGCCAAUGCAGCAAAUUUUCGAGCCUCCACAUGAUUCGGACUCUAUCGAAAUUGGCGAUCACAUAGAAGUCCUGUGCGGGGAGCACGCCAGAAAACACGGCGUCGUAGAUUGGUUUGCUAAGGGUGAAACUAGUUUGUGGUUCCGUGAUAUCUUCACUGCGGACAGAGAGCCUAGUAUCAGCCUGUUGAGUAUCUCCAUUCCUGUCAAAAUGUUUCAGCGGACGAAUCUCGCCCAGACGAUUCAAUUCACAAAGGAAAGGGGUUAUGAUAUCAGGCCUGGAGACGCUGUAAGUGUCGUCCGAGGGCCGGAGUUUGGCAUGAAAGGGCUCAUGCAGCAUGUAGACUUUCCAAACGCUGCCUUGAUCCUUAUAUGUGACAGUGACAAGUCACUCAUUAAUGUGCCAAUCAAAUUUUUUGUCAAGCUACAUAAUGCCAGCUUGGAUCCUUUUAAGAAGGAUAUAGGCCAGGAAGUCUUUGUUAUUGGGGGUGAUCGGAAGGGCUACCGAGGCACUCUCCAGUCUUUCCAUCAAAACUUGCACCAUUGCUUUGUAACUAGGUAUGGAAUGAGGCUAAACGGUGCGAUACUGGAAGGUCCUGAGUUCGUUUCGUUCUGCGAAAUGCAGAAAAGAUCGUACUUGGCGCUGCCACCUCAAAGCAUCACUCCACCAGUCGAACAAGUCCCCUCAAGCUCAUCGGCUUCGAUCACAGAUCCUGACCCUUUGCCAUCCAAUGGGUUGUCUGCCUUAUCCACGAGCCUGCGGAGUGCUGAUGUGGAACAUGGCCUUUCGUCGAGCGUCAUUCCCAGCUCAUCAUCGUCACUUCAGGCAUGGAGUGUUGAUGAGCUCGACAUCCGGGACAGCCUGGACGCCAGAACAGACAAACCCUGA